AUGCGCUAUGUUGAAGACUCAGAUGGGACCAUCAUCAACGGUCACAAGGCAACCGAAAUACAAAAAAUUGCACACUCAAUUUGGGUUGAACUAGCAAAUAUGGGGAAGGCACCAAAGACAUGGAUGGGAGCAGGCCGAGAGGUACUAGAUUACUAUAGGUCAAAACUCUACCAGAAGGUACCUCAGCUACGAUACUGUGAGCUCGACUGGAAGGCCAACCAAAUUGCUAUUGACAACUAUCCAUCCUGGUAUUCCAACCACUUCAGAGAGCCCAAGGUAAAAAAGGAAUGCAUUGUGCCAGAUAUGCAAGACACAAGUGAGCCCAUUGGCUGUAAACGAUCCCAUCAAGGCACUCCCAUACCUGUUACCCGCCCAGUCAAGAAACAAAAGCAAAUCAGUCCCGACAUCACCAUGAUAAGUCAAGGAAAUGUACCCCCACUGUCAACGCCCAAGACCCGGAUACUUCAUGUUGUACCUAGCAGCCCAGACCAUGUCAUACAGAUAGAUGGGUCUCCGAGGCUGGACUCUGUCUCUGUGGACGAUGACACAGGUGGUGUCAAUCCUCAGAUGGCUACCAUACCUGCCAGCAACAUUGAGAGUGAUACCGCAAUGGCCACAACAACUCAGACAGUGGAAAACAUCAAAGACAAUCAAGCUGGGCCUGCAUUCGGCGCCAUGAAGGAGAACUCACUUGCUAUGAAGAAGACUUCAAAGAUGCGGCUGGGCAACUUGACUACUCCCAGAAAUCUCUGUGCUUGCAAUUGGAUCAAAGAUCACCCUCAUGGAACCACAGAGGAAUAUAGGAUAUAUUACGACAAUCUUGAUCCACAGGUGAAAAAGGUCUAUCAAGAUCAUGCGUCUCAGGCUGCUAAAGCACAGGUGCAUGUCUAUUUACUACUCGCGGUUGUUGCAGCACAUUAA